CCCACAAAUUAUUCUUCUCAUCAUCGUGUUACUACUACUAAAACUAAAACAAAACAAAGACAAGACGUGCUACUAAUUCUGCAAAUCAUAAAUUCUCUCUCACCAAAAUGAUUUCUAUGCUAAUGUUGUGGAAAAGAACAUUUGUAUUGAAAUCAACAAAAUAUCUUUUGUGAAAUAAAUGUAAUGUUGAUGCUUCAUAUGGGCUGUGCUAAUUGAUAGAUAUGGGAUGAUACAAAAAAAUGGUUAGAUGGUCAUCAGGUAAUGUGCACACAAGAAAAAAAUUAUAAAGCUGAAGCUAUAUAACAUUUACAUAUUAAUAUGUUUGACAUGUACAACUUAGCCUCAGCCUCAGCCUCGAUCAUGUCUUGACAGUGUGAAUCUUCUUUUGACCCCUCUUAAUAGAGUGCCACCAAUUCACUUUGCUUUCAAAAGCCGUGAACCUUAGAGUACGUCAAUUGCCACAUGUCAGUCAAAAUAAUUUCAGUUGUGCAUUGUAGCUUGAGGUAAUUUCAGUUGUGAUCUCUUGAUAUCUUGCACCUGGUCUUGUCUAUUAUCUACUCCAUAUGUAACAUUUUAAGAAGAUGAUAUUUAUUGUUGCUUUUUCUGUUUAAUAUGGAAAAUCUGAAUUUAGGUGUUAGCUUUGUUGAUUAAAAAUGCUUUCUAUAUCUUUUAAAGACUUCUUAAGAUGCUAGAAUUAAAUUUGGCAUGUUAUCAUUAGACAUAGUCCUUGUAAUUGGUUUGUUGCCUAAACCAUUGUUGGCCAUUUUUUGUUAUGUCUGAAUGUGAUCCUAAUUUUUUUUGGUAUGGUCGGAUAAUACCAACUGUGCUUUUGAUUUUUUUUAAAUUUUUUUAAUAGUUAGUGUGGUAAAUUAAUUAUUUUGAAGAACUAUAUGUCUAUGUCUUAAACUACAUCCAAUAAAUGAUUCAUCUAUGUCAUAUCUGUAAUUGGUAUGCGUGUGGAUAAUAUACAUUUCCAAAGUUACUUUGGAGUACCUGGAUAAUAUGUAGUUUGAUAAGAAGAAAAAAAUGUAAUUAUGAUAAAGCCAUAUAGUGUUUGUUUGAACCAACUGAAACAAUGAAUGAUUUUUAAAAUAAAUUUUGUUCUAUGCUACGUAAUGAUUUGAUUUUAUUGGAUAAGGGAUGUUUUACGAUAUCUUUGCUUUGAAUCCAUGGAUUGUUUUACUAUUGUUAGAGCAUGGUUUAUUUAUUCUUUCAAUUUGGGUGAAAGAACAUGUUAAACACACUUAUUUUAUCAUUUGUGAGGUUGAGUUGUUAAAAUCAUGUUUCCUUAAUUGAGUAUAUAUAAUUUAAUUUUUCUUAAAACAUUUUCCCUCUAUUUUCUUUCCUUCUUCAGCAAUUCACGAGCUGCUCUCUACUCUGCCUCUCUCUCUGUCUCUCGUUCUCAUCAAAUCUUAGUUUUGGUAAAGUGAAAAUCUUCGAUUUAGGGUUCUGAUCCGAUCGCAAAUCUUGAACCUAAAUGGAUGAUCAAUGGCGUCCAGGAUCACCGCAUUAUCACUCUCCGCCGCCGUGUCAAGCUCACCACGGAGACCAUACUGCUGAGGAUUGUCACAAUGAAGCUGAUCGGCUCUAUACGAGAGCUCGAAUUGAUGUCAUCGGACGUCAACUUAGUGGUGUACCGCCUCUGCCUCCAUUUUAUCAUCAUUCUACUCGUCCUCGAGGAUUACUAAUGAGGAACUUGUACUUUUAUGUCUUGUGCUUCUGCACAUUUGCUGUGGUGAAGGCCGGUUCGAGUCCACAGAACAACACUGGUAUCAGACUUGAUGCUUUGUUUGCGAUAUUGGGGGAUUUCGGCUACCACCCUGUACUCGCUGAGACUUGGAAAGGGAAUAGCCCUUGCGACAACUGGUUCGGGCUAAUCUGCGUUGAAGGUCAUAUCAAGUAUAUAUUUCUCAUGUCCAUGAACUUGACUGGCUCCAUCUCUCCACGGUUUGCGGAUCUCACAUCAGUACAUGUAAUCGAUCUGUCUCAAAACCUUCUCACUGGUACCAUUCCCUUCGAGCUGACCAAGAUGAAACUGAGGUUCCUGGAUCUUUCCCACAACCAGCUACACGGGAAAAUUCCUCGUUUUCAGACACUAGUUCCAGUCACGGAAGGAAAUCCAGAGAUUGUGACUGCGGCGGGGAUCAUUCGUGUUCCUUUAGGGAGAGGUGACAAGGAAACUGCAGGCGUUGGGGGAUUUUACGUUUGGAUUAUGGUUCUUGGUUUCGUGCUUAUUGGAGGAGCAGUCUUCCUUUUCUAUCUUGCUAAGAAACUAAACCACCCGGUCUGACUGAUUGUGCUUGUCAAGAAUGAAGUCUCCAACUUUUAUAUAGUGUAUGUUAUGUCUAGUGUUGUUGUUGUUUAGUAAGAGAUACUCUUAGUUUGACAAUGAUACUAUCACUAUGUCAUUACCCAAUAUAAGAUUAAAAUAAUUUUUGGAUC